AGGUGGAGGCGCAGCAGUCCCUUUCCCCCCCGUCCGGCCCGUCCUCUUUUUCUCUCUCUAGAAUUUCAAAUUGAGGCUCCGAAGAGAGAGAGAGGGAUCGCUGCAGUGGCCGUUUGACUCCGAUCUCGGCAAUGGAUCGGAGGAAGCUGCUCCUCAACGAGCGCGUCGAGGUUCGCCAGUUUGAGAAAGGAUUACAAGGGUCAUGGCACCAGGGAAAGGUGGUUAGCAUCUCAGAUAUGUGCAGAACAGUCAAGUAUGAUGAACUUUUGAGUGAGACGGGCAACGCCAAGCUUAUCGAGAGAAUUCCGGUAACAGAGGCAAUUGAGGGCCUUCACCGCCGCCGGCAUGUUUCUACGACCUACCGUGGGCAUAUCAGACCCCUUCCUUUGUCAUCUCAUGCAAAUUCAUGUGAAACAAAGUUAGGUUUUGGGGUGUGUGUUGAUGCCUUUUUUAAAGAUGCAUGGUGGGAAGGUGUCAUUUUUGACUGUAAUGAAGAUGCCUCAGAGAGGUCUGUGUAUUUCCCUGAUGAAGGUGAUGAGCGCAAAUUUAAUUUGAGUGACUUGCGCGUGAGUCACAUUUGGGAUGAAUUCUCAGGCAUCUGGACAGAUCGUGGUGUCUGGGUAUUUCUGGAGGUGGUAAAAGAGCUUGAAGUCAAUAUGCCCUCCUCCAAUUAUAUCAAAAAGCUCUGGCUCAGCUGCAGGCUAAUUAUGGGUUCAUGAAAAUGAUUUCGGAGUGGACUUGUGGGGUUCGGAGUAUGUGGAAGAAGUACCUACAGGACGCUGCCUAUGAACUUGCAAGGGGAUCAAGCAUGAAGAGUCUACCUCAGAAACAAGUUGUGGUGUGCAGAGUUGGAAAGGAAAGACGAAAACUUAGAAGCAAUUGUGAUUUAAUUGGUUAUUCUGUUGAGUUAAAGUAUCAAAAGGAAACGAAUGUUGUUACAUCAGCUCCAAAUGGAGGAGAAUCCCUCCCCAGCAAACCCCAAAAGGAAAUAUAUACCAUGAAGUUGAGAUCAAAAUCCAGAAAUCCUGACCACGCUGAUGAUGCCGUUGCUGAUGGUAAUGCUGCUUCUUCUGAAAGUUUAUACAGUGGAAACCACAUUGCAAAUCUCAAUCGGACUAAUGUUAAUAUGGAAGUGGAUUGUGCCAGAAUCCCCUGCAUUAAUUCUGGUUUAAGUAGGAAAAGAGUAAAUGCUUUUCAUGGGCGUAUCCAUAAAAAACUGCUCAGGAAGGUAAGAAUUAAAGAAAAUCAUAUGUCAAAACCGGAUGCUGAUGAUGACAUUCAUGGGCCGUCAUGCAGUGAAUCAAGGCAACAUACUGUUGCAGUCCAUACAAGAUCUCAUAUGGAAAAUAACCACUCGCCGAGCAAAAAUUUAAAGAAGUUGAAGCAAGGUAAGCAGAAAGUUGGUAUCUUCUUUCCCGAAUGUGAACAGAAGCAGUUGAGCAGGGAGGCUUUUCUACUUGUUGGUAUCAAAAGGAAGAGAUCGGUUAGGAGAACUAAGAACUCUGUGGAGGCCCAGCAUGCUGAUGUUUGCUUAAAACCUUCAUCAAACCAAGAGAGUACUGAGGCCUUCAGAGCAGACAGCGAGUUGUUUGCUAAUCGCUGUCGGAAUACUAGAGUAUUUCAAAGCUUUGGAAAACGAUUCAGGCUCAAAAAUAUGGUCUCUAGUCCCCGAAAGUGCAGAAGGAAGAGGGCGCAUAUUGCACGCCCUCAAAGCGACACCAUAUGCUUUAUUUGUCAUUACGCUGAAGAUCUGAUCCAUUGCCACCGCUGCUUUUCCUCAUAUCAUUUGGGUUGCCUCCAACUUAAGGUUGUUCCAAAUGAGAAAUGGAUUUGUCCAUCUUGCUGUUGUGGUUUGUGUGGUGUGAGGGAUUCCAUUAAUGGCAAUCGGCAAAUGACUAAUGCUUGCUUCCAGUGCACCCGCCAAUAUCAUGUGAAUUGCUUGGACAAAGUGGGGUCAUUAUAUCCUUCAAGCUAUCCAUCGGAGAGAUUCUGCAGUAAUGCUUGUUAUAAGUUAUAUGUGCAACUUCAUUUGCUUCUGGGAAUAUCAAAUACCACUUCUGUGGAUGGCUUGACCUGGACCCUGAUCAGAUCCAUGAGAAAUGAUUGCAAAGCAUGCAGCAUCACAAGGAAUUACAGCUCUUUGAAGAUAUCCCAUGUUCUUAAGGUCAUCAAAGAGAGUUUCCAGCCCAUCACUGAGCUUCAUACCAAUAGGGAUCUGAUCAAAGAUAUUGUUUUCAACUCUGUAUCAAAGCUUAAACGGUUGGAUUUUCGGGGUUUUUAUCUCAUGGUUUUGCAAAAAGGUGAUGAAAUCGCAUCUGUGGCCAUAGUGAGGAUUCUUGGGCUGAGGCUGGCAGAGAUGCCUCUCAUUGCCACGUCUUUUCAAUUUCGGCGACAGGGUAUGUGUCGUGUUUUGAUGAACGAGUUGGAGAAGCUGCUUGUCCAGCUCGGUGUUGAGAGAUUGAUACUGCCAGCAGCGAGGCAAGUGCGGACAACAUGGGAAGCAUCCUUUGGAUUUUCAGAGAUGCCUGUUUCAGAUAGGCAAGAACUGCUGGGUUAUCCCCUCUUGGGCUUUCAGGGGACAACAAUGAUACAAAAAUAUCUUUGCCGUUCUAUAUGCAAAGCAACAAGGGCAUCCCAUGAUACUGGGAGUACAGCUCUUUUAUCUCUGGUAGCUGGAUCAAUGGACCAGAGCAGAUUUUGCGGAUUGUGUUACAAGCGCAAGCUUAGAGACAGGGGUUUCGGAAGAGAAAACAGAAUGGGAUCUUGCAACGGAGUGUUGCAUCGGUACCAAUUAGUCUAUAAGCGGAGACGAAUCUUAGCUGGCAGAGAUUGAAGCAUCGAAGAUAGUUUCUUCUCUUGAUUGGGGACAUCCACACAUUUUCUUUAGUUUCGUUUAUAGAGCGUACAGAUUCUUUUAAUUCCUUCCGCAGCUUUUUGCUGCGAAUGCCAAAGUUGAAUUGGGCAAAAGCUGAGUUUUUAGGUUUUUGUUCCGGUUGAUCUGUGUGCUAACCCAAGCUCACCGAACAUGUAAAUUGGACUGAGAAAGUUAAAUGCAGAUCAAGUUUUGAAUUCCC